GGACCUGCAAUUAUUGAGCCAGGGCAGCAGUUAAACCCAGACUUCCGUAGUCCUCCUGACGUUGGCGACUAUGUGCUUCCCAGAGUCAUCAUCUGGGAUCCAUUGCAGCAGCAGCAGCAUUGUUUCGAUACUGGAUUCACAUGCCCCCAUUAUGAGCACGGCCAUCUGAAUAGUAUACUUACUCCCUGUAAGUGGAAAGAUGGAAGGAGCGAGCGAGAUUUGCCACGCCAAAUUUAUUGUGUAAAUGGCCCCGUGUUGCUUGUAAGCCGUGUGUAUCGAUGCACUGAAGGACACGAAAUCGCUGGUCAUGACCCCAGAAUACUAGAGAGCAUACCAUCAGGUGAUCUUAAAUUUCAUCUCGGCCAUAAGUUAGGAUUCACUCCUGAACUUUGCUCUUUAGUGUUUGCAUUAGCUUCAAGUGGACAGCCAUUUCAUGAAAUUGAACUGUUUCUAGCGCAAAGAUACGUGGACAACUUUGCGGAAAGACAGUGUAGGUAUGCCAGACACAUCUCUACAUAUUUGGAGAAAAAUGAGUCUCAAGACAAAGACAAACUUCAAAAAUUCCCGUCUUUUGAGGUGUGGAGACCAACGCCGAGCACAGAUACAGUUCAUCAGUGCUUUCUGUAUAUCUUUAGAGAGAACAAACAAUUUUUUCGGCAAAUUAUCAGUGAGAAAACUGCUAAAUGGAUGAGUGCCGACCACACAUUCAAAGUUGCUGCAAACAUUGGAUGCAUGCUCCCAAAUGGAUCUUGGUCUACACAAUUUGAUUCCUUGUAUAUAGUUAUGAAUGAAAUUGGCCAGGUGCUCACCUACAAAUUGACAAAGGGUACUGCAAUAAGUAAGGUACAGGACAUAUUAAAUAAUUUAAAGCGUCGAUUAGAUCAACAGAAAGCAUCCUGUGACACAAUUUUUGUGGAUGACUGCUGCAAGAUUCGCAGCAAAUUACAGCAGAUUUUUCCAAAUGUGUUAGUCAAGCUUGACUUGUUUCAUGCCAUCCAAAGAGUCACCUCAAAAGUGCCCAAGAGCAAACGGCAGUACUUGUCCUCGUCUUUCAUAAAUGACUUCAAAAUGAUAUUCCGAGCUGAUGCAGACCAAGGUGAAAUUAGAGAGAUGGAUACACCAGAUGAACAAACUAUAAUGAGUAACCUUGAAUGUCUUACAGAGAGAUGGAAAGAUGUCCAUUAUGACAAUGGUGAGGCUGUUUUGAAUAGAAAUGUUUUGCAUGAAAUCGAAAAUUUGAAGGUUCAUAUUGAAAGAGGCUUUUUGUCAAGGAUUUUCCAAGGGGGUGGCUCUACAAGAAAUGAAAAUCUCCACAAAAAUUUGAAGGCUGUGAUAGCCCGAUCAAGACUAGGUUGUGAAUUGGCUGAGGCAUUAUUGGCAACCUUCUUUUACCUCUGGAAUGAGAAAAGAGGUGCAUCAGAAUUACCAUCAGGUUGUGUAAGGCCUAUCCUAUCCUACAGAGCAGCAUUAGAUGAACAAGGCUUUGAAUCCACAGCUGAAAGGUUUGGCAUAAUCCCAGAGUCUAGUGAUCCUGAGAAUGCUAGUGUUCCUAAUGUGUAUGAUCCUGAAGUCAUGCAGAGUAUUUUGUGUGAAAUGUUUGUUAACAGCAGUGCUGAGUAUCAUGACACAAGCAAUGAUGGGCUCAGUGACAGUGAGCUUUACAUCAUUUUUUGUCAGGCUGUGAACAUGUCUGUUCUUUAUAAUCAGCUGUGUUCACUAUGUACAAAUCCCAGGUUGAGUUCUAAGCUACUCCACUUAAUGCCCUGCAGCUUACUUCUGUUCAGUAACUCCACAUUCAACACAGAGAAAGUUGCUGAACACUCAGAAAGGCUAAACAAGAAUCUAUUGGGUUAUAGCCUAAAACUUGCUACAGUGGACUAUGAUUGCCCAGCAAAUAGUAUUUUUCUCAGUGUUCUUAGUCAGCUGAAAGAAAUUUUGGCAUCUUCACCCACUCUACAAAAGCACUUGGUUUUCCUUGGAAUUUCAUUGGCAGACAGUGGUGACAUAAAGAUUGUCCAAGAAUUACGGGAUCUUGUGGUGAAUGAGUUGCUUAGCAAUGCUGGAAGGUACAAGCAUGCCCUUCUGUCACCUGAAAAGCAUUUUGAUGAUGAGGUAAACAAAUUCAGGGAAUGUGAUUACUUUUCAAGUAAGUGAAGACAUUAAUUUGGCAUGUUAUUACAGUAAAGUUGGGUACAUUGAAAAGGUUUCAUGAAGUAAUACCAAAUCCCUUUAAGGUUUUGGUAUUAUAUUGACAUCUCUUUUUGUGUACUUCCAAAAAAUCUCCAAGGCAUUGGAAAUUCCUUGAGUUGGAGGGGAAAUAUAGAAAAUGUUUAAAGUGAAAUUUGUAUUUCUAAAUGGGCGGAGUGUUAGAAAAACUUGCUUCUGUUGGGGAGGCAUGCAUCCUCUUAAAAUUCUUCUUUCCUUUUUUGAUAUAUUUGUAAAAGUGGAAUAAAAAAAAGAAAAAGGGAAAUUUUCUCCUACAGAUUUUCAGUAUAGUGAAUAUUUUGCCUGUUUGGGUUUCUCAAUAAUAAAAAAUUUAUAUUUGGAAUGAAAAGUUACAUACGGAAGAAUAACAUAAGAGUAAAAUACCCGUUUAAAAAAAACAAAACAAAACAAAUAGCAGCAAAGUGGUGUUAAUUAUAGAGUAUUCUAUUUCUGGAAUUUAAACUUGCACCUUUUGUUUAAUCCAUAAGGAUUGAUUUUGCAUAGUUAAGCACACCAAAAAGCCUCUCUGAGACUUUCAUUUUUUUUCAGAUGAGUUGGGGAAUGUCAUGGGAAUUGCACUAUCCCAGAUUCUGAGACUGAACAUAGUCAUCUUUACAUCACUGGACCACAUGCCUGUAGUACCAGUUUCCCCAUUGUUGCCUUGCACAGCUACCAAGGCAAUUUUUCUGGGAUACAGUAUUGGUCAACCAGAAUUAUAUCACAAUGUGGUAUCUUUGGAGAACGUGAAUGAAGCUAUCCCACCCCAUGUUAGUUCCACAAGUACAUGUAGCAAUAAUUCUCCAAAGGAACAGGUGCCUGAGCACUGCUCAUGCGGUCGUGGUUCUGCCAAGAAGGAUGGAAGAAAAUUCUGCUGUCAAGUACCAAAUGGUAACAAGAGCCGGUGUAAAUGCUACUCUAAAAUAGCUGGUUGCUCCCAUCGAUGUAAAUGUGUCGGUUGUGGAAAUCCUUAUGGCAGCUCCCAGGCUGCCAAGCAGGCAUACACACUUGUAACAACUUCAAGGUACCGACCCAAGCAAAAGCUACAAGAGGCCAAAGAGAGCAUCUCCAGUCUUGAUUAUCUGACAAGUCAAGGUUUAACUCCAGUAUCUGGAUGGUCUGAGAUUGAAAGUCUUACAUUAGACUGUCUUGUGAACUAUGCAUCUUUGAAGGGUCUAAGCAUUGAACCUUCAAGAGUGUAUGAAUACUACUCCAAACUUCAUGACAUUUCAAAAAAUCUUGGAAGUCCCUUGCAACCAAAGAAAGCCAAACAAAUAGAUGGGAAACUCCAAAGCAUCAAGAAAGUGGCUAAAGGCUUUGAAGCGCUUUACAAAAAGCAGGUUGAACUGAACUGGUUCUGA